UCAGCCUCGGCGUGACGAGGAAGUGCAACAACCGUGCUGCCCAAUUCAAAGUACGCCAUAAAUAUGGCGCCAAAAGAGUUUUCAAGCAGAGGUUCCCCUGCUCCAUUCCUCCUCAACAUUUGUUUAGUCUCUCUCUUUUUUUAAGGAGGAGCGUGCAGGUCUGCCGGACGGAGGGGGACGUUUGUCUUGUGCACAGCCGCGUCCAGCACCGUGCGGCCCGGCCAGAGAGGGACGAGGAGGAGGUGGUAGCAGCCUGGUAGUGUGUUUUGGAAGAAGAAGAAGAAGAAGAAGAGAGGUGGACGAUUGCGAAACAAACUGGAUUGUAAUCUUUUGGAGGACAUCCAUUUUUUCCCAAUCCAUUUUGGGACGCUGGUGUGUUUUCGUGCAAAAAAAAAAAAUCAAAAAAAUAAAAAAUGCGACAUGCUUUUUUCCAGUGAGCGGCAUGUCGCGCGCCGCAAGCCGCUCGUCGCGCACUGAAAGGCGGCUUCGGCGACACCCCGGCCCCUCGGCUCCGUGACCCGAAGCUCCUCCAUCGCACUUUUUUCCCCCUCAUUUUUUUGGGGGUGGAUUUUCUUUGGAAUUCUUGUUGUUGUGUGCUUUUUUUUUUAAGCUGUCAAGGUGGGUGGGAGGGGGAAGGGUCCUGUCAACCCAACGUGGAAGUUAACCCAGAGGAACAACAUUUACAUGUGCUUGGAUCCCGAUGGUCUCCUAAUCGGUGGGACCCCCUCCCCAGCAGAACAAGAUGGAGAGCGAGACUAAGAGGAGGAAAUACUCCACCAGCAGCAACGACUCGGACACCACCGACAGUCAGGUGACAUCGUGGUCCAGGUCAUCCAAGAACGCGGGAACCAGCAUCACGUGGGUACGACAUCAGCACAAGAAGCAUUCAGAGGUGUUUCGCACCGAUUUCAUCACAGCCAUGACUCCCGACUCGGCGCAGCUGGGCCUGGAUGACUUUUACGUGCUGUCGGACCCUUGGAGGCAAGAGUGGGAGAAAGGAGUCCAGGUGCCGGCCAACCUGGAGGCCAUCCCGCAGCCUGUGGUCAGGUUACUGCCAGAGUCAAAAGGCAGAACCUCCAGCGAGGGCGAGACGGACUCCCAACGUCUCCCUGGCCAAGUCUACAGCUGCUACGACCUGGACGACACGGACGUGGCCUGGCUGGAACUCGUCAACCUGGAGUUUGUGCAAAUGGCGCUGCCUGAGCUGGAUGAGCUGACCAUGGAGUGCGUCCUGGUGGAGCUGGAGCGUGUGUGCGAGGAGAAGAUGCAGCAGGCCAUCGAGGCAGAAGAAGGCCUGGGCAUUGAGUACGACGAAGAUGUGGUCUGCGACGUCUGCCGCUCGCCAGAAGGCGAGGACGGCAACGAGAUGGUCUUCUGCGACAAGUGCAACGUCUGCGUGCACCAGGCCUGCUACGGCAUCGUGAAGGUUCCGCAGGGCAACUGGCUUUGUCGUACGUGUGCCCUGGGCGUGCAGCCCAAAUGUCUGCUGUGCCCCAAGCGGGGCGGUGCCCUCAAGCCCACCCGCAGUGGAACCAAGUGGGUCCACGUCAGCUGUGCCUUAUGGAUCCCCGAGGUGAGCAUAGGCUGUCCGGAGAAGAUGGAGCCCAUCACCAAGGUGUCCCACAUCCCGGCCAGCCGAUGGGCUUUAUCCUGCAGCCUGUGUCGAGAGCACACAGGAACAUGCAUACAGUGUUCGAUGCCCUCGUGUAUUGUGGCCUUCCACGUGACGUGCGCCUUCGACCACGGUCUGGAGAUGAGGACCAUCCUGGCCGAGAACGACGAGGUCCGCUUCAAGUCAUUCUGCCUGGAGCACAGCGGCGGCGGAGUGGCCCGAGCCGAGUGGACGCCCGAUCUCCCGGAGCCCAGAUCGGUAUCGUACUCUGUUUCCGAGAGGGCCGAGCGGGACCAGCUAGAACGAGACAAGGUGAGCCAGAGGAAGCAGAAACUCCAGGAGCUGGAAGACGAGUUCUACCGACUGGUGGACCCCAGCGAGGUGGCGGAGAACAUGGCGCUGCCCAUCACACAGGUGGACUUCUUGUACCAGUUCUGGAAACUGAAGAGGAAGGCCAACUUCAACCAGCCUCUGGUGACUCUAAAGCGGGACGAGGUAGACAACCUGGCCCAGCAGGAGCAGGACGUGCUCUACCGACGCCUCAAGCUUUUCACGCACCUCCGGCAAGACUUGGAGAGGGUGCGUAACCUGUGCUACAUGGUGACGCGGCGGGAGAAGAUGAAGCACAGUCUGUGUGACCUCCAGGAGAAGAUCUUCCACCUACAAAUACAGCUGCUGGAAGAGGACAUGGCCGGAGAGAGAGUCCAGAAAGGUGGAGGAGGAGGAGGAAAAAGGAAGCAGAGUGCAGGAAAGGAGAGCAAGAGAAAGGAGAGAUGGAAGUCAGACAGUGACCCUCUGCUUAAAGAGCUAGGUUUGUCCAAGUCCUUCCCGUUGGAUAACUCGUUGUUCGACAGCUGGCUGGCUGAGUCAGUGCAGAUCACGGCCGACGACAUGCUCAGCAAGUGGGCUCUGGGUUCACAGCACCAGGACAAGAGCGCCAGCCUGCUCUCCGACCAGCUCCUGCAGGGCGAGGAGAGCCUGCUCAAUCUGAUGAUGGAAAACUCCAUGGAGUCCACGUGGAAGACACCCCAGCUAGGCCGCAAAUCCCGGGGCAGCUGCAAGCCCCGCGCCCGUGGACACCCGCACGCCUCUGGCACCAUGCCACCGCCGCAGACGCUUCUGUCUGCCGGCUCGGGGUCUGGUGCCUCUACUGUCAAGAGCCCGUGGGUGGGUGGCGGGGCAGAGGAAAAGCAUGCUGCCCGCAAGGGGUCAAGAGGUUCCUCCAGGUUCCUCCACCACCACCACCCUCACCACACCAGGAGUUCAGACCUGCAGCCGCCCAUCUCCAAAAUGGAUUCCUGCCACAUCUCUGAGGACGGCAAGCCGUGGGGCAGCAACGGUGUCAUGUCAGGGCGGACGCCCGGCGCUCCGUCCCCGCGGCUACGCAUGUCCCGCCAAGUAAAAUCCCGAGGGCGAGGCGGCGGUGGGACGGCGUCCGAGGUAAAGGAACAGCGUUUGCUCCACGCCGACGGCUACUUUUCUGACGGCGAGCAGAGCGACUUGGACAGGCGCCCUGGCGGAGCACGCAAACUCCGCCUGGCGCAGUUGCAUUCCGGGAACGAGGACCUGCUGAGGCGGAGCGUCAUGGCGUCCUAAGGAACCUGAACGCCCCGCGCACACGUGAGCGCUCUCGCUCCACCUGUGCCCUGAGCAUUCUUUGAAUGUAGCUACUAGCCUCCUUGCGUCUCACCGCGGAAAUAGGAAACAGGCGUCCGUUUUUUUAUCCAAUUUCUGUGCGUUAAAAGACUUAGUCAUCGUAGUCUUUGGGGCAUUCUUCUAAAUAUCUUUACCGAGGUUGGUUUCAGGGUCUUUGAAUAGCAGGUGGCGUCUGAAAGCACAACUAGCAAGCAAGUAGCGAUAUUAGCACUGGCUGGUUUACAAAAAAACAAAAUAAAUAAAUAAAAAGAUGCUUUGUCAUUUCCGCAUAGAACAGCAGUUGGAGUUAAAAACAAAGAACGAACGAAAACAUUCUUCCUCAUUCGAAAUUCCAUUUGUUUGCCUGGAAUAAACUCUGUGCCUUCUGUCGCACCCCCCCCCAAGCCAAACAAUCACCAACCAAUCAGCCGUCGCCCAAUCUGACUUAUAACAAUCAAUGCGAAUGUGUCACCUUAAUCAUUUUUAGAGUGCCUGAACGAAGGAUGUACGGACAAAGUUUUGUGUUUUCAACAUUAAGCAGUGCCAGUCAGCAGCCUCUAGAGGGCAGCAUUUAGCAUAUCCGAUUUCCCGUUCCAUUACUUUAGCCAGCAGAUGACGUGGCUAGGCUAAUACGGCUAAACUCCCAUGUACCAUCGAAGAAGUUUGUCCAACAAUUUGUGCGUUCAAAAAAAGACUUUGCUGUUUUUGGACCGAAGGCCGUCUGUAAUUAUCUCAGGGGUUUUAAGAAAAAUAAUUUUAAAAAAAUGUCUCGAUAAAACGACCUACGUUUGUUUUUGUUUUUUGCAUAGAAAUUAAGGUUCAGCUAGCAAACGCUAUAUAAAUAGAUAAAUAAAUAAAUAAAUAAAUAUAUACAUAUAUAAAGAAAACAACGUGUGUAUGUCGAGAAACUUCCACGUUUGGACAACUACUGAGCGCUCGGUGUGGUCAGAUGACCACCACGCCGAGACCAAUCAGCUGCGCGGCCCAGUUUUCACUUCCUGGUUUUUUUUUUUUUUUUGGUCGCUCCACUAAUCCGACGCGGUUAUCGUCACGUUGCUGCUGAACUGAUCAUACAUUUUCACUUAAAGCAGGUUUGGUGUUACAGGGUUUGAAUAUGCGACCAGGCGUCGGCUAUAGAGCGUAUACUCUAGACACUCCCGGAUGUGUUCCUGAUGCUCCCAAAUGCGUUCCUGAUGCUCCCGUAUAUGCUCGCAGCACUCAUGGAUAUGCGUGUCAACAGCAUAUCCAUGAGUGCUGCGUAUUGUAUGCGUUCCUGAUGCUCGUGUAUGCGGUCCCGACGCUUCCGAAUGCGAUCCUGACACUCCCAAAUGCGUUCCUGAAGAACCGGUGUGCGUUCCUGACGCUCUCGUGUGCGCGCCCGACACUCCGGUAUGCAGUCCUUCCAAGAGGAGGCGAUUGUUAUUACUAUUACUGCUAGCAACGAGAACGACAACCUGAGACGUUUGCUUGUUCUUUCCAAGUAGACGGCAAAGAUCAUACUUCGUAGUAGCGAGGCGACACGGUGGGGUAGGCGGUCAAUAGAGUCGAAUUUACCCAGCGCGUUGUCUUCUUAGUGUACACAAACCGCUAUCAUACAAUAUUUACAGUGUGGCGACCACGCCCUCUUCUUCCUAGCAUCCUAGCUUCCUAGCGUAAUGUAGACAGGGGGUGUUUGCCUUCUGUGUGAAGUAGAUGCUAAGCUAUGUGUCGUGAGCUACUUUGGACUCGCUGUUGGCUUUGAAGUUCGGAUCAUAUUCCGAUCUUUUUUUCAGUUCAGUUUCAAUUUUUACGUAGUUUUCCACAUGGGACACUUGUUUUUAAAAACGGAAAUCUCAGUCCACAUGAUAGAAAACGCAUUCAACAGGUGGCGCUCUAGAAUUUAAUCAGAAACCUAAAGAAAGUAAUUUUGGGAAUAGACACAACAAUGGUGAAUGGAGGGAAAAAAGGUAUAAUACAUGUGGACUGAUAAAUGAUUUGAUGGCACUUCUGAAUAUACAAUUGCAUUUUCACCCUGUCAUCAGUAGGGGGCAGCAUUUUGCCAGAAAAUGUCCCCCACACACACUGUUGAUGCCACAGAUAUGUAUUGGUAGAUACGACACCCAUUUUGAGCUCCGUCCUGACGGCUACGCUAAGCUAGGGAGGUCGAAGUUAACAGCGCAUUCCAUGUGCGUAGAUGGCAAGAAAAUCAAAAGAACAAGGAUGUCGGUACAUUUUACUGCAUACGGUUGCAUAAAACACCGUACAAUAACGACAAGGAAACUGGGAGUCCCUUUCACAUGAAAACAUUUUUGAUGUGCUUUUUUUUUUUCAUAUAUUGUGUAUUGAUAGCAUACGCUUUGGUUGGCGUUGACAAAGGAGUAACCCUCAUGAAAAUCGGUUGAGAAUUGAGCAAGUUUCGAUUUAAUUUCAGUUUCCUUGCCAUUGCCUUCUAUCGGAACGUCGACCUCCCUAAAGUGGCCGCUACCUAGGCACGUUGGUUAGUCGGGCAGCUACAGGGCGAUGGCUUGUCUACUGUUCACGUCUAUGGUUGAAACGCUAAUGUCAUUAUUUUAAGCUUUUUUACAUCAACUGGUCCAAGUUGGUGAUUCAACCGCACCCACACGCCCACCCCCCCGAGGCACAAAGUGGUAUUAUAAGUUCAUUUUGCCUUUCACUUUAGCAUAAUUUUACCUUUAAUCAACUAAAAAUUUCAGGUUUUAAAAUAAAGGGUUCAGCACUGUUUAGCCUAAAGGUGCUUUUACCACUAGCACCCUUUGCUUUAAUCCAGUUGGCUUUCCCCCUGGGUCCGGUUCAGCAGGACCAAAUCAGCUAGUUCGGCCCAGUUACAAACAACAUUAGCAAUAGCAUCAGCGGCUAGCAGGAUGAUGGAUUAGAUGUUAUUGAUAAGGUCCUACCAAAAACAUAGCUAAAGGUGGCAUGUAAACCAAGAUUAGACCAUAGACUUAAGGGUGUGUCUUUGGGUUAGCAUAUUAACAGUUAGCAUGUUGUCAUGCAUGCUUAUUAUUUUAUGCCUCGUUUUGGUAGCGAAUGAGGCUAUUUGCUGGUGUGUUGUAGCCUAGCCUAGCUUGUCCACAUAGUUAUUAAAGUUCUCAACAAACGGCACGACAUUUGUGUUAUACUUAUUACUACGAACCCCGCUACCUCUUAAAUUUCUUGACCAAUCAGAGAAGACAGCGACAUAAGGAUGUGUUUUAGCACACUCAGUAUUUGUACGAACCGAACCCUGGGGGACCGUGGACCAAGUUUACAAACCCACUGACUGGUUCUGACCAGAAAAAGCCAACUACAGGUGUGAGAGCACCUAAAGUAAACCCUUAAAACAGCACUUAACCCUCCUGUUACGUUUGUUUCUCAGCAACAGUGAUAUUGCUCCUGGGUCAUUUUGACCCAGGGCAUGUUUAAUGAUCCAAAAGUGUGCAAAAUGAAUAAACAUCCCAAUAAACAUUGAUUAAAAUUAGAAUUUUAACAAUAUUUUAUUGAAUUUGUUUGAUUUUUAAAUGGGUCAUAUUAAGCCAAGCCACCAUAAAUGAUCCAAAUGUAUCAGAAACUGAAUGAACUUACUUUCAACUUUUUAAAAUUGUAUUUCUUCAACUUUAAAAGGGGUAAAUUUGAUCCGUGUGCUUUUAAUGAUCCCAAAGUGCCGAGUAAAGUAAGAAAAUCCCCAGAAAUAUUGUUUGAAAAUUAAUUUUACCUUUUCAUUGUAUUUGUUUGUUUUUUAAAUGGGUCAUUUUGACCUCUUCCACUUUAGAUUUUUCCAAAGGGUCUGAAACAGCAAAGACAGUCCCAACAAACACUAUUUAAGAAUUAAUUUUAACUUUUGUUGUUGUUGUAUUUGUUAGAUUUCAAAAUGGGUGAUUUUGACCCAGAGUAUUAUUAAUUAUACAAAAGUGUCAAAAAUGGAAAAAAAAAUUCCACCAAACAUUGAUGGAAAAUUAGUUUUAACUUUUUAUAGUUGGAUUUGGUUGAUUUUUAAAUGGGUCAUUUUGACCCAAUACAAGUUUUACCUAUCCAAAAGUAUCCAAAAAAAAAAAAAAAAAAAAACUCUUUUUAUUUUAUUUGUUCAAUUUUAAAAUGGACUAUUUUGUCCCAAGGUGCGAUAAAUGAUCCAAAAGUGUCACAAACCAAAAUAAAGUCACAAUAGACAUUGUUUAAAAAAUACUUUUCUUUGCCUUUAAAAGUGUUUUAUGAUGCUAAAGUGAUAUGUUAAUAGUAAUUUUAAGCCAAGCAGGUGUUUCAAAAUGAAAAACUGCUUUUUGGUUGUAUUGUCAAACUUUCAAAAGGGUCAAUUUGACCCAAAACAUAACAGGAGGGUUUUAAUGUUUUCUCAGCAUUUAUUGGCUUAAAACAAGCAGAGUUUCUCCUUGUGUUCAUUGAAAGUGUCAUCUUCCUCAGCACCAGAAUCCAGAUUGUGUUUAAACCGGGUGUGAAUCCAGAUCAGCAUCUGACUCUUCUUAAAAAAAAAUCAUAAUAAUUUAUCAAUCUGUUGCAUCAAAAUCUUCUUUCUUCAACACGUGAAUAUGAAUGUCGCAGGGGUUUUAUCCUUCUGUCUUGUUUUUGUUUCAAAAGAAUGUUGUGCCAUUUGUGAAUAGCAAAGAGAACUAUUGAACAUAUAUGAAAAGAAGAAAAAAGAGCUAUUUUAAAUUAUUUUUUAUUUUUCUCUGACAUUUUUUUUGCUAUAUUUAUUUUCUUGUAUUAGAGUCUUCUUUGUAGGAGGGAGGGACAACUUUAAAAACAAACAAACGUGUAUUUUUCAUUAGUGCGAGAAGCCUAUUUUCUUCCUUUUUGUACAAUUUGGAUGUUUGGAGCGAGACUUUGACAAGCAAUAUGAUAAUGUCCUUUCUCUGUGACUGUAUAUCUGCAUGCUCUUUGUGUGUUGCCUUAACCAUGGCUGCCAAUCUUCCCUGGCCCCCAACCCCUCAAUCCCCCUUUUACCUGGUGGCGUCCCACCCGGUCUGGUCCAUUGCAGUCCAAUAAAAGCAGUGCUUUCUGUGUACUCCCA